AUGACGUCUCAUGCUCUCGCGUCCUGUUUCUUUUGUCGCCGCAGUAAACGAAGAUGUGACAAGAAUCUGCCGACAUGUCAGCUGUGUAUCAAAAAAGGCUUGAAGUGCAGCUACCCCCACAGACGCGGCCAACGUGCUGCCUCGCCUCCCUGCGGUGUCCAUGGAUCAGAAUCAGGCGAUGAUUCCAAUUCAGCCCAUGCGGAGCCUGUAGUAGCACAAAGCAGUAAUGUAUCCCAGUUUCAGCCCGUCUCGUCUACUUCUUCGUUUGCUGUGAACGCCGCCAUUAGUUUCCUCGCACCCGAUCUCUUCCGUGAGGCUGGGUUAGAAAUUCCUCGCCUGGACCUAGGCAUUCCGGACGAAGUUUUCUUGCACCUAGGCGAUAGCCAGCAGAUUCUGGAGACAGCCAGCAAGUUCUUCCAGAUGACAUGGAUGCCUAUCGUCAGUCGGAAGCGCCACUUAGCCGCUGUACUCAAUCCGUUAUCACCAUCCCGACGUCCAACAGUCUUGCUAAAUCUUUGCAUGAAGCUGUGCUACUUGCCAGUAAAUGAUGAUGAAGGCCGAAAACGGACCUCGUUGUAUCGAUCAAUCAAGAAAUUCUACUCCGAAGUGGAGAGUACAGGAGACUUGUGUGUUCAAGUUUUACAGGCCGCUAUAUUCAUUGCGGUUUUUGAGAUCGGUGAUGCGAUCUACCCUGCAGCUUAUUUGACAGUUGGAGGUUGUGCCCGUUAUGGUAUCGCCAUGGGUCUGGACAAGAUCAAUAAAACUAGGUUGGGUGGAGAGCAUAAUCGCACAGCGUCUUGGAUGGAGAUUGAGGAGAAGCGAAGGGUUUGGUGGGCUAUCUUAAACCUGGACCGAUUCUUAAACUUCACAAAUCCUGCUCGGGUCUUGGCGACAGAGGAUCCCAUAUUUGAAGAUUUUCUCCCGGUCGACGAUGAUAAGUUCUACGACGCGAACUCGGAGCCGGAGGAUGCGGUCCCCAUAUCCCAGGGGUUCGUAUUCAAAAUAGGUCAUUUCGGCAGACUAGCUCAGGCGACGUACCUGAUCAGCCAGGCCCUCGCUACCAUCAGAUCCUUUUCUGCAGUCUCUACUGACCUCAGCAAGACCAGCCUAUCAUCGGAGACAGCACAACUAUGUCGCACAUUUGAAGCCCUAGCUCGUGCUAAUGAAAUGGAAGUCACAGUCCGCAGGCUGCCCUUCUGCUGCCAAAGCCUGAUUUCUUACAGGUAA